CUGCCGGGGUCCGUGGCCGUGGGGGAGCGAGUCAUGCACGGCUUUCCCGCACCGGCACCAGUCGACCACGAGACGAGCAGCAUAGAGGGCGCCACUGCACACACGGUGGACUACGUCGCCAGCGCGCGCUACUCGGACCUGUCCCCGCUGGUGGUCAGCAGGUGUAAGCGGAUGAUUCUGGACACGCUGGGGGUGACGGUGGUCGGCUCCAGUACCGAGGUGUCCGGCAUGGUGGCGGCGUACAGCCUGGCACAGCAGGGCGUUCGCUCGGAGCCGGCGGGUUCCUGCGCACUGCUGGGCCGGAAGGACCGCGCCACCUCCGCGCCGCUCGCCGCCUUCGCUAACGGAGUCAGCGCGCACUCCAUGGACUUCGACGACACCUGGCACCCGGCCACGCACCCCAGCGCCCCGGUCCUGGCGUCUCUCCUGGCGCUGACCGAUCUCCUGCGGCCCGUCACCGCCGUCAGCGGGCGGGAACUGCUGCAGGCCUUCGCCGUGGGGAUAGAGGUACAGGGCCGGCUGCUGAGGACAUCCGCACAGGCCAAGAACAUCCCAUGGAGGUUCCAUCCGCCGGCAGUGGUGGGGGUGAUGGGUAGUGCCGCCGCGUGUGCCAAGCUCCUACAACAUGAUCCCGUCCACGUGCGAAACGCUCUGUCUGCCGCCGCGUCGUAUGCAGGUGCUCCGAUGGCUAACGCCGGUACCACGGCCAAGCCUCUCCACGCCGGGAACGCGGCCAGGUUCGGUCUGGAGGCGGCUCUGCUGGCGUCUGUAGGGAUGAAGGGCAACCCGCACAUCCUGGACAUGCGCAGCGGCUUCGGCGCCUUCUUCGACGACUUCGUUCCCGAGACGCUUCAGGACUUCAACGGCGGACAUCUGCUUGAAAAACAGGACGUGGCGAUUAAGCGGUUUCCGGCGCACCUGGGCACACACUGGGCCUCGGACGCCGCCGCAGAGGUUCGCGGGAAACUGGCAAUGCAUGACGGGACUGUCGACACGGACAAGAUCCGCCAGGUGGUCGUCCAUGCCCCCAAAUGUGGUUAUGUGAAUCGCCCCAUCCCAAAGUGUGAACACGAGGCUCGCCACUCCUUCCAGUUUAACGUCUGCACCACGCUGCUGGACGGGACGGUUAGCCGCCAGUCCUUCGGGCCCGCCCUGCUCCACCGCCCGCAACUCACCAGCCUCCUCCGCCGCACGGACAUCCGACACUCCCCGGAGAACGUCAAGUGCUUCGAGACCAUGUACGUGGACGUCGAGGUUCGUCUACGUGACGGCACCGUCGUGACGUCGCGCUGUACGGAGCCGUACGGACACUGGAGGCGGCCGCUGGGACGGGACGACGUCGUCGCCAAGUUCAGGGACAACGCCGAGGCCGUUCUGCCGGGUAGUGUGGUACAGGAGUGUGUGGAUAAAGUAGAGAACCUAGAGAACAUCAGGGACUGUUCAGAACUCACAGACAUGUUGAGUUGUCCCUGAAUGAGACCUAUCAUGUCCAUGUAUGUUAAAGCUUGGGAAUGUAUAGCCACUUUAGGACAGAAAGACGUUGGAGAAGUUAUAAAGGUGUUAAACUACAUGCACAUGCAUUCUCAGCACCAUACAAUAACAUUCCAUACAUCAAUCAGGUUUUAAGUGUGUAUAUUGACAAGAAUACCACAUACUGUGUGAGAGAUACCAGUCACAGACUAGGCAUUAGUAUAAAUGCAAUGUGUAAGCUGCUAUGAAUAAGCAAAAAUUUUUGAUAUUCGCAACUUAACGACGGCAAAGUAUUCUAGUUUGAAACAGGUGCUGCUUUUAUGACAUUGCUGAAUUUAUGUAUUUAUUGAUUAUGGAGAGUUAACCUCAAAUAUUUAUAACCAUUAAGCGUAUACGUUUCACUAUAAGUUUAUUACCCAUGUAAUGUAUAAAGAGAUAUCUAGCUAGCUUCAGUAAUUGAUAAAGCAGCAUAUACGCGCGUGCCAGUCAAGUUUCAUUUCACUGGCAUACUAUAUAUGCCAUCUACUUGUCACUAAUGUAUUUUGUAAUUGUGCAAGCCACAAUAGGUUUAAUUUAUUUAUCACCAUGUGUAUUUUUGAGAAGCAAUAUUUAAUAAAGUUAUCGUAUUUAAA